CAAUGAAUAGCAUCAUUAUGUCAAGUAAUGGAACUGCUUAUGCCUUGAAAACUUAAUUAGGUAGUGGCUCAUUUGGAACAGUAUAUCAAGUCUUAGAUUUAAAAACUAAUAAAUAUUAUGCCUGCAAAAUUGUAAUCCAAUUUAAUAAAAUAAUAGAUUUCAAAAGCUUUGUUAUAUCAAUAUAAUGCAGAAUCAAUGAUAAGACAAGAGAUUUAAAUAUAAUCAACAUUAAAUCAUAAAAACAUACUCAAAGUCUAUCAUUCUUUUGAAGACAAUCAAAAUAUUUAUAUUAUUUCUGAAUACUGUUCUAAAGGUUCAUUAUAAUUUCCAAAGACCCCUUAUUAAGAAAAAGAUGUCUUUAAUAUUUGUAUUUCCUUAUUAGGAGCAUUGGAUUGUUUACAUUCAAAUAAAAUAAUCCAUCGAGAUUUGAAAGUAAUAUCUUAAAUUAUAUCGUCUAAAUUAGUUAGAUAAUGUGUUUCUUCAUGAAGAUGGUACUUAUAAAUUGGGAGACUUUGGUUGGGCAACUUAUAUCGAUAAAGUGGAACCUAUUCUUUGUGGAACAACUGAAUAUAUGCCACCAGAAGUUGUGUUAAAAUAACAACAUGAUUAUAAAGUUGAUUGCUAUUCACUUGGAGCAUUAAUUUAUGUAAUACAUUAUUAUUUUAUUAUAAUAGAUUUUACUUCAUACUCAUUUUCCAUUUUAAGCAAAUUCAUAAAGUGACUUAAUUGGGAAAAUAAAGAAUCAAGAUAUUAUUGUUAAUAGUCAUAUAAAUGAGGAUUUAUAAAUUCUAAUUCAAGCAUUAUUAACUAAAAAUCCUAUUGAUAGACCUACUGUUUAAUAAUUGUAUUUGAGUAAAUGGAUAAAAAAAUAAAUGAAGUUAAAUAAUAUUUUCAAUAAAUAUGAAAAUGAAUAACUCAAAAAUAAAUUCAGAUAAAAAAAAAUUACAAUAAAAACUUUAGAUGUGAAGUAAAUAAUUAUUUUAAUUUUUUAAUAGUGGAUCAGUAAAAACUAGUCUAUCUGAUAGUCAAAAAAACUCAUUAACUCAUAGUUCUAGUACUCAAAUUAGUUCUUCCAAUAAUCUUUAUUCACCUGUUGCUAAUAGGGGCAACAUUGAUUAGAUAUUUAAUUUCAAGGAUUUUGAUAAUAUCAACUCUGUUCCAUAACCUAAACUUUACUGA